AUGCCACAGUUCUUAUCACUUCUGGUAGGUAAUAAUGAAUAUAUAUAUAUUGUGUGCGUGUGUGUUUACCUUAUGUAUAUAUUUGUCUUCUGAUAAGGAAUGCUUGAAAUAAGCUUAAGACAACACAGAAAAAAACUAAAUGCCCUGUGUGAUUGCUAUGCUUUGACAAAACAACAAAUCCGUUGAAAAGAAAUUCAACAUAGACACUGACAAAUGUAAGCUCUGUGAUUGAAGGGGAGAGUUUGAUGAAAUAUCUAAUAAAUGGUUCCCACAUUUGACAACACAACUGUUCACAUACUUUAUUCCUGCAGCUCGACUGUCCCGUUAUAAUUGCUGCCAUUUUUGCUGCUGGCAUCGGUGGGACUUUUCAAUAUGGAUUCAGUAUAUCUGUGAUGACCUCUCCAUCUGCUGUGAGUAGAAAUUUUAAAGAAUCAUCCUGCAAUGAUAAGAAGAAGUGCAGCCUUUUUAUGUUUUGAGAUGCAUUGAUUGUUUGCACACCAGCUUUAAAAGACUGCGUGUUAUUCUAAAGAGAAGUAAAAACGUGAAAAAAAAGGUUUUAUUAUACUGGAACAAAGUGACACAAAUAAAGACAGAACAAGGCCAGUUUAAAGAUUUACUAGUCCACAAAGUAUAUAUAUAGUAUAUUACUGUUUUUAGCUUGAGCCAUUCUCUUUGUUAUGGUUAGAGGUGGGUGCGAUAUGUUUGGUUUUGUAACUGUAAUUCUAUCAUAAAAUAAAAUAAAAACUGCAUGUCAUAAAAAAAAUUUAAAUUGAUUAAACUGCCACAGCUGGAAUAAAAGUCAGUCUCACUGUACACGUGUUGUUUCCAGUUUAUAAAGGAUCUGGUGAACAUUACAUGUCUGCAGAGGUACGAUGUCUCCCUGGAGCAGUGGCAGCUCUCUCUCAUCUGGUCCUUCAUGGUGUCCAUUUACUGUAUCGGGGGUGUCAUUGGGGGGGUGAUGGCUGGUCCAUUGGUUUCAAGAUUUGGGAGGUCAGUGUUCUUGAACAAAAAGUGCAACUUAAUAAAUGUUCACGUGUCUCAGACAAACAAAAUCAAACUUUAACGUGUUUCCUUUGUAACACAACCGUGUCUGUCUUCCACAGAAAGAAAUGCCUUCUGUUUAACAAUUUUGGGACUAUACUCGGAGCUGUGUUGAUGAUCUUUAGCCAAGCAGCAGUGUCUUUUGAGAUGAUCAUGGUGGGACGACUUCUCUACGGCAUUACUUCAGGUGGAUCCACUGCAAAGAGAAAAAAUACACAUUUGUUUUUUCUUCAGUUUCUUCACAGACGCUGCUCCAUCACUCUUGGCACUCCAUUUAACCCUACCAUACAAUCAAUGUCUAUCUAUACUUGUCACCGACACCGAAAUGGUCCUCUCAGCCAUUUUCAUACAGUUAUUGAUCAGUAUUGACUUGUCUUGAAAUGUAUGAUUCCCCUGUGUGCGCUCGUAGGAGUCAGCCUCUCUGCUCACCCCUUGUACCUGGUUGAGUGUGCCCCCAAGAGGCUGCGAGGGAUGGUGGGAGUGACAGUUGGUACCUUCAUCUCCCUGGGGAAGUUUGGUGGUCAGCUGCUGGGGAUCAGGUGAGGUGAUCUUUGUCAUGGAUACUGUGAGGAGUCAAGUGCGGGUCAGAUGGUGGUGGGUUCAGAUGACAGCUCGCAUGACGUCAGAAUGCUGUUAAAGAUCCACAGUGUCCUCUCUGUUGAGGGCUGUACGCUCCGGUGGGGAACGUUUGGUUUGUGCAGGUCUCAGCGCCCCCUCUCGUCAAAGUGUCACCCCUUAUCUUCUUGCUAAUUUCAAUCCAGAAUCUCGCAAGUACGCUUCUUCUUCAACAUGAAAGCUGGCUUCUUCCUGUUCCUCAUUUCCUUAUAUCAGACAACUGCACAGAGGAUAUUUUUGAAUGACUAAGCAGGCGGUCAUGUUGCAGCUCUUUGCAACACAGCUGUGGCCUCAACGCCAACUCUUUACUGGUUGCUAGCUCAGCCAAAAGUUGAUAUCAAUUUUUAGAACAUAUACUGUAUGUGUAUAGAUAGAUAGAUAGAUAGAUAGAUAAGAAAAAGUUCAAUUAGUUCGAUAAUCGAAUUAGUUUGAUUAGGGCCACAAGAAGAGAAAAAAAUAAUUACAGGAGGGAGAUUUUUUUUAUUUCCAUUUCAAGAUUAAAAACGAAAUUCUUAAAAGUUGGAAUUUCAACUUUAUUCAUGUCCACUUUAACCUUGAAAUUUUGACUCUCAAAAUUUAAAUUUUUUUUAACCUUAAAAUGUCAACAUUAUUCACGAAAUGUCGUAAUCUUGAAAUGUCAACCUUAAUCUUGAAAUUUAAAUUUUUAAUCCCGAAAAUUUGACUUUAUUGACAUAAUUUUGAAUUUUUCAAUCUCGAAAUUUUAAUUUUUAAUCCUGAAAUUUUGACUUUAUGGACAUCAUUUCGAUUUUUUAAAUCUCAAAAUUCCAACUUUAAUCCUGGAAUUUUGACCUUAUUGACAUAAUUUCAAUAAUUUUAAUCUCAAAAUUUCAAUUUAAAUGUAGAAAUUUUGACUUUAAUGUCCUUCCUGUAAUUAAUAAUUUUCUCUUUUUUUGGCCCUAAUCCUCUCCUGUAUUUGUGUAAUAUAUUGGGCAUGUGCGUAGACUGCCAAACAAUAGGCUCUUGAUAAGGUCAUUUAUAAUCUAAUAAAAAGUCAUUUUUAUGAAUAAGGUGAAUAAAAUACAACCAAUGAACAGACUGCAUUGCAGUCAUUUGUUGAAAGUUCUUGCAAGUCCAACAAAGUGAACAAAAAAAAGAUGGUUAGUCCAUCUGUCAGUAUCAAAGUUAAGUAGAGUAUGAACAGAUUUAUUUGUGUUUGUUUUUCACUCAAAAUACUAAAAACAACAGCUUCAUAAGGGUCCAGAACGGAUUAUCUGUGAGGAGAUAAGAAAAGAUUUGGUCCCAGAUAAGUCAGGGCUUCAUAAACCAGCAGUAGCACUUCAAGUGUGUCCUCUGGGGAUCCCGGAGGCCAUUGUAAAGUUUGAAGAACAACAGUGAUGUUCUCAGAUUUCUUAGUUCGUGUCAGAACAUUAAACGAGCUGGGGUUGUAAGGUGCUCUUUUCUGAAGGGCUACUGUGGGGAAACUCUGUUGAGAAUCCAUAACACACUGUAAAGCGUCACUCUUGUACAAAGCUGAACCUGGAAUGCCCUUGCAGUGAGCUUCUUGGUACGCCUGAGAGAUGGCCAUGGCUGCUUGGCUUUAACGGUUUCGCUGCGUUACUCCAGCUCUCCAGCCUGCCCUUCCUGCCAGAGUCUCCCAGCUUCCUGCUGCUGGACAAAGGGGACCACCAAGCUUGUGAGAAAGGUGUGACAUUUGGAUCCUUGUGCAGAUCAGUGCUUAUUAAAUUAACAUUCUAUGAUGUUAUUGUGACAUUAACCUACUGCUUUAUGAAACCCCUCCAGCUUUAAGGAGACUAUGGGGUAACAAAGACCACAGCAAGAGGGUGGAGGAGCUGUUGCAGGAGAAAGCUGCUUUGCAGAGCGUUCGUAACCACUCAGUGUUGGAGCUGAUCCAGGAAAAAACCCUGCGAUGGCAGCUCAUCACCAUCUUUGUUACCUUCACCACACUGCAGCUUUGUGGCAUCAAUGCUGUGAGUCAAAUGUGAUACACUGAACACCCUGUUGCACCGUGUAGUGACCUGUCGACUAUAAAAGGUUGUGUGCAGUCUAAUGACUAGCAUUAAGCCUGAAUGGCCCUUUGAUAAAGAAUAUCUAAAGUGUUGUCAUUGUUUUAACCAUUUUAGCUGAUCUACUUGCUUCAUUUAAGUGUUAUCAGGACAGACUUCAAAAUGUAGGGGAGACCGGGGCUUGUUGUCACACUUUUUACACUCUUAUAUAUAUCUUGGUAUCAUUACAUCACAUAUAAACAAAAUUUGUACCAGAUGAAAGACUAAAGUCUCAGGUAUAUAUUUCAUAUUUAUGUCAUUUUCUAUCUUUAAAAUUCCUGACCAUGUCUUCUCACUGUCUCCUCUCCUUUUAACCACUUUGUUCUCUGUAAAGAUUAAGUCAAAACUUCAAUAUUACAACUGCUGAUAAGCAGACUCUCUAUGUUAAUUUUGACCCCUUUUAAAUGUGACAACUAACCCCAAAAAUGACUGAGACAUGUCGCCCCAAACUACCAUGUUUGCUUAUUUUAGCUCUAGCUUAACGUUAGCUAAAAACUGAACAAUGACUGAAGUAUGACAGGAUGUCUUAAUCUCUCCUCUAAUAAGUCCACAUGUAUCACUGCUAGGGUUUUUAUCUGGAAGAAGCUUACUUUAAAAAAGUUAGAAUUUUUUACUUUGGGUUGUGCAAAAUGGUUAAUUGGCGCUCAUCUCAGCUCACAAUGUGCUCUUCUCCUCUCAGACAGGACACAACCCCUGACCAUGUAAAGGAAUAAAACUAGUAUUCCACUUUUUAGUUGCGCCCUCUGGUGGCAAAGAUAAUUUCAAUGUGACAACUUACCCAUGUGACAAUAAGCCCCGGUCUCCCCUACAUACAACACUGAAUGUCCAAGUUGUGGUUAGUGAAUUUGAGUCUGUUGUUGCGCCUCUAAGUUCACCACAUAAAUCUAAAAACUGAGUUGGUUUGGAAACAUCUUAGAUGAGUAGCUGCUUCUGAUUGUCAAUAAGUAAUCAGCUUGCAGACAGUGUGGUAUAUUUCAUGUUUUAGCCUCAAAAUAAUGCACUUAAAAACAGUGUUUAUCUUUCUAUUUUUUAGCCAGUGUUAGACUAUAACUAACUGCCUAUUUAAAGGCUCUGCAGACAUUUUUCUGGUCUAUGAUUUUUCAUCAUUAAUUGCAUCAUUGACAUGCCUCUCACAACAAACAACUUUACAGCUGUCAUUAAUUUACAGGCAAAGAGCAGGGGCCCCAGAGCAGAGCCUUGUGGUCCACCCAAAUGGUCAAAUGAAUGAUAGACCAAAUUUAAUACAAAAUGACUGGUUUAAUUCUACUUUUGAUUAAAACUAAAUAAAAUUAGAAAAUGAAAUUAAAAUGAUAAUUUUCUGUUUUAUGGGUAAUUUAGUGCCAAACUUCACAGGUUUUGAGAAGUUGUGAGGGAUCAAACGGACCCCUCACUCGUCCCAGUCUGGCAUAAUCGAUGUAAAACACUGUUCAUUUAGUUUUCAGAGGUGGUUUUUGAGUAGGUUGGGGUAGGUAGUGGGUUAGUAUCAGCUCCUAUUCAAACAAAGUCUGACAAACAGUUUUGUGCUAAGCUGAGCGAACAGAUUUUCAUGCUGCUCAGAUAUGAUAUGAUAUCAAUCGUCAAACCUAACUUUCUGACAGAAAGCAAAUAAGCCCAAAAUGUCAGGCUGUUCCUUUGAGGAGACAUUUUUGAAGAUGCAUUUGGGAGGAAAAAAUGAUUGGUGCUCAGCCUUCAAAUACACAACAAAGCUAAAUUCAAUGGCUUUGGCAUUUAUGUGUCAUAUUCCCAAAAAGCCUCCUCCUUCUUCAAAUAAAAAUGAACCAGACUGUUAACUGAAAUGGGAAUUGAACUUUUAAAAUGAAAGAGUGAAAUAAGACUCCUUCAUCCACUUCUCUCUGCAAAGAUACUCUCAAACCAACCAUGCAUGGUGGACCAACAGAGCAAAUGUUAAUGUUUAUUUUUUUAUUUAGAUGUUAUACAAAUGGGCCAGUUGUGCUUUUUUACUCUAAUCCACAAACUUUUGUCCAGGUGUACUUUUAUUCUUUUGAUGUGUUCGCUACGGCAGGAAUCCAACCAAGCCAGUUACGUUAUGCAGCCUUGGGAACAGGUCUGUGUGAGCUGUGCACCUCUGUAGCCUGUGUAAGUCCCAGUUCAUUCAACUGAUUAUUUAUUAUAAAUUUAUCAUUACUUGUAGUCAAACAUGAGCUUUUUCAGCGUAAUCUUUCCCCAACAUCAUUAUGAUUAAUCUAUGACACCUGUAUGACAUCCAAACUGUAAAGAUAGAGCUCCCCCUUGUGGUUCACUGAUAGAGAUGUGUUUUAAUGUUUCAGUUCAUGAUUAUUGAGAAGACUGGAAAAAAAGUCCUCAUGUCCAGAGGAUACAUUGGAAUGGCGGUAACACUGAUCCUCCUCACCAUCACUCUGUACCUGCAAGUGAGUCAUAGCAAACUCAUACACUGACUGGAUCACAUUUUUUAAUAUAUUUGAAUAAUUUAAAGGUUCAUUCUGUUGUUUUUUCUUCAGACACAUGUGUCUUGGAUGCCGUACUGCAGCAUGGUCCUCAUUUUUACUUUUAUUUUCUUUUUUUCCAGUGGACCAGGUAAACUUACGGGCCAAGAUAAAUGUUUUGGUGUCUGAAGUUUGUAUGUUUUCUCUCUGAAUUGAAAAUAUAUAACAUAUGUAUUUUUUCUGCCUUUCUAGCUGGAGUAUCAGCUCCUCUUCCAGGGGAAAUUUUAACACAGUCAUAUAAAUCAGCUGGAUACACUAUCGGCUGCUCUCUUAACUGGUCAGGCAUGUUCAUCCUUGGGAUGCUCUUCCCUAUCUUAGUGGUAUACACAACAUUUUCUUCUUUUAUUAUCGACUAGAGACUCAUGAAAACAUAGGAAUAAUUAAAGCAAAACCAGAUCAUCACAUCACUUAAACCAAGUAACACAUGUCCUCCAUUAUGCUUUCCUCACAGGAGAAACUGGACUACUUUUGUUUCCUGAUAUUUCUCUUUUUCUGCACCGUCUGCGGGCUGUUUGUGUGGUUCAACGUCCCUGAGACCAAGAAUCUGACAGCGCUGGAGAUAGCUGCAGAGUUUAAGAGGAUGCACAGCAAAUCUGGAGGAUCACAGAUGAACAAAUCCACCGACGAAAACCUCUAUGACACCAAACUCUGAGGUCGUACAGCUGAUAAAUAACUUCAAGAUAUCAAUUUCAUCCCAUUGACGAGGGUUUAAUUGUCAAAUGUAACUCAAGGAGCAAUUCAAGCAGAACUCACAUAGACCAUCUGUUAGUUUAGUCUUGUGCACACUGCAGCAAGACAGUAACAAAAGAGGAUUUAUCUUUUUUAAGGCGUCUCCUGUGUUUCUUAAACCAAAAACCUCUCAGGUGACAUAAACUUUGUGUGUGUCCACUUUUGUAUUUGUCUUGUUUUUUAAGCUGUGUACAAGGUUUGGCCUCAGAGGUCAUCAGUGG